GGAAAUUAUAGCCCCGGUUCCAUCAAUAGGUCCAACGAAUUUGGUUGACGAAGUUUUGAUGGGAAUACACUUAACCAUAGCUACGGAGAACUUUGACGAAUCAUUAGUAAUUGGCCAGGGAGGUUUUGGAAAAGUUUACAUAGGUAACCUUAUGGAUGGACCAAGAUCUGUUGUUGCAGCCAUCAAACGAUUAGAUACCAUGUCCCGUCAAGGAGCAGCCGAAUUUUGGGCAGAAGUUGAGAUACUUUCAAAGUUGCGUCAUUGUAAUCUUGUGUCUUUGAUUGGUUAUUGUAAUCAUGGACAAGAAUUAAUCCUAGUAUAUGAAUAUAUGCCCAAUGGAACACUCGAAGAUCAUCUCCAUAAAAUUUGCACCCCUCUUUCUUGGACUCAACGACUCAGAAUUUGCAUAGGAGCCAGUUGUGGGCUACACUACCUUCACACUGGUACGGGGAUUGAAUCGGGUGUCAUACAUCGAGAUGUCAAGAGCUCGAAUAUUUUGUUGCUUGAAAGUUGGACAGCCAAAAUUUCCGACUUCGGGUUGUCCAAGACAGGUCCAACUAAUCAGCCAAUAACUUAUGUCAAUACACUUGUUAAAGGAACUUUUGGGUAUCUGGAUCCUGAUUAUUAUGCAACUGGAAAGCUAACAAGAAAAUCCGACGUAUAUGCUUUUGGUGUGGUAAUGUUAGAAUUACUGUGUCGGAAGCGUGCAGUUGACAAGAGUCUCGAUGAGGAGCAAUGGAAUUUAGCAAAAUGGGGACAAGAAUCCAUCAAAGAAGGAAAUUUAAAGCAUAUAGUAGAUUAUGAUAUAAGGGCUGAAAUAUCACCAAAAUGUUUGAAGAAGUUUGUUCGAAUUGUGUUGAGAUGUUUGCAUAGCAAUCCUAAGCAGCGCUUGACUAUGGCUCAGGUUUUAGCUAGGCUUGAGAAUGUACUAAUCUUACAAGAGAAAUACGAUAAUUCACUGCGACCCGCAGACAGCACACUACUUGGUAGAAUGGUCCAUAUGCUUCCCUUUUUUUCUGAUGGAGAGAACUCAGCUCAGGGUCGUUCAAAGAUAUCAAGUGAUAACAAAGGAAACAGUGAAAGGGCCAGCAAUAUUAUACAGAAAUUUGAUAUUGAUGUCUUGAGAAAAUCUACUAAUGAUUUUAGUCAAUAUAGAAUCAUUGGCGAAGGAGAUUUUGGGACAUCAUACUUAGGUUGGGUUACUGAGAACACAUUCACCCCUUCAGAACAUGAGGAUGGAGUUAUUGUUGCUGUGAAAAUGCUCCAUUUCUUUCAAGAACAUGCAGAUUGGCAGGAAAUGGUAAACUUCUUAGGACAGCUGGCUCAUCCAAAUAUUGUAACUCUCUUGGGAUACUGCAGCGAUGAAUUCCAACAAUGUCUUGUCUUUGAGUACAUGCACAACGAAAGUUUUGAUCGCUUUAUUUUUACGGACAUACCCAAUCAUAUCGCCGAACCACUUUCCUGGAGAACACGACUCAUGAUAAUGAUAGGAGUUGCCAGUGGACUGGUGUAUUUGCGUUCGAUAAACAAAAAAUUUGUCCUACCUUAUUUAACAAGUGCUAAUAUUCUCCUGGAUGAAAACUUCAAUGCAAAACUGGGGGACUGCAGCUUUUCCGUAACUAAAUAUUUAGCUUUAUUAGACAGGGAUGGAAAAACACGUAAUAUUAGUUUACAGAGUAUCAGAAAAAUUGAUUACGGCACAUACAGUUAUAUCGACCCAACAUAUUUGAGGACUGGUUACUUGAGUGAGAAGAGUGAUAUCUACAAUUUCGGGGUGGUGUUGCUGGAAACUCUAACAGGCCUACGAGUAACUGAUAGAAAGCGUCCCAUUGGGGAGCAAAAUUUAGUUGACUGGGCACGCCCAAUUCUUGGGAAAAGAGAAGAGCUAAAGAAAAUAAUGGAUCCACGCCUUGAACAGAAUUACCCUAUAGAAGGUGCUUUUGAUUGGGCUUCACUCGCAUUGAGAUGUGCUGCAAGCUAUCCUAAAGAUAGGCCUUCGAGUGAAGAAGUUUUAAAGAGUUUGGAACAAAUAUUAAGUAAUUCGAUGACAGCGAGCGAGGACUAUCCUAUAAUCAGUCCGUAAUCAAUAGAAACUGUAAGAAUACAGAUGGGUUGAUGUGGAAAAUGAGCGGGUCAGGUUGACUGGGCCAUCGGCCAAGUGAGUCCAUUUUUGUAUUAGUUGAAAUGGGUUUUGGAAUGGUUGAACCAAAGAACUUAAAUCAAUCUAUAUAUCCUGCAAAUUUAAGAUAUAAAUA